CCUCAAUCCGUCAUAAUACUCUCAUCCCACUGGAUAUCUACCAGAAGCAGGUGCAACACCCGCUUACGUAUCCACACCCCAUCUUGCCACCUCAACAAGGUUCCUGCACAUCAACUCCCGCCUGAGCCUAUUCCAAACAAACUCCAUCUCUCCACACCGAAUCAAAUCAACCAACCUACCAUGGCCGGUCUCAUCGCUAUCGGCAUCGGUUUAGGCGCCGAAAAACUCGGCCGCACAAUCUCCGAGAAAAGACUGGAACGAAAAGAGAAAAAAGCCAUCGCUCAACAUGAAGCAAUAUACGGCACUUCUUCGUCUGCGCCCCCACCGCCAAUGACGACAAGGCAGCGGCAAGAGCAGAUGCAGAAGAAGCGUGCGGAUGCGCAGCGAGCACUGGAUGAGGCUCGUCAUAGUGACCAUUCUGAAUCACAGCACAAUUACAGGCGGAGAAGUUCGAGUGCAGAGAGGGUAAGUGAGGAGGAAGCGCCGCCGAGUUACAGUGAGGCGAUGCGGCAGGGGGCUGCAAGAAGUUGAUUUAUGUUCUGCGGGUUUUUUUACUUUGCUUCAUUUGGAUUAUGUGCUAUUCGCUCCUUCGGUUGACUUUAUAUCGCCUUUUUUCGUCAAGUUUGUCGGACUAGCACGUCCGAAUCUUUUCGUUUGACGCCUAGUACAAUGUUUUGCAAUCGCUACCAUGCCACUCGGCCC